UGAUUUUGUGGCUGUGGUAACGAUCAAACUCCUCAACACGUAAUCUAUAAUUGCGUCGCUGGAUGAUGACGUUUGAGUUUAGGACAUAAACAACAUGGAUGAGAGAGAAGCGCUGAAAAGGCAAAUCGAUCUGUUGCAAAAUCUCAUCAAUAACCAUAGAAGUAUCCAUGGGGAUGCCCCUUCUUGUUCUGGCCAGCAGUGGCACCCAGCGAGACCACCAGCCCGAGGCAGGAGUCACAGCUCAUUUUUCAGCCCCACAUUCCCCUCGCGUGGUGGGCCUCACCCCCCUCAACCCACAGGACACUGGAGGAAGAGCUACACCCUCAGUAGCAAGACCAGCUCAUCCCAGCACAGUAGACCUACUACACAGACUGCCAAGCCCUCUCUAGAGCAGCAGGGUAGACCAAUACAGAUUACCAAGCCCUCUUUAGAUUCUGUGGCACCCAACUCCUCUACUGGAUUCCUGUCCCUUCAUGCUACAGAUACCUUACAGCCCAGCCACAGCAGUAAGGGCCCAGCUAGAGGAGAGAAGGAUGGAACAAAAUGGGCUACGUCUAGGGAUCUAACAGGGCCAAGGGGCCAGCAGUACGCACUCACAGGGGGAGUGAGAAGAUCUAUGACGGGGACAGGCAGUGGAUCCACAGCUAUAGAGACAGAGACUGAACCCGGCAGAGGAAGGACAGGACCUGGGGGCAAGGCUGGGCUGGGAGUUUCGGCGAAGAGCUUAGGACUGGGACUGCCUCUGAUAAUGACCGCCCCUGGACAAAUGGACUUGUCAGGUGUCCCUGCCAAAACGACCACCACUGCCACCAGGGUUCAGAGCACUGCUCAGCUACAUAUUAAACAUUGCGUGACUGGGAAAACCAAUACAGCAGCUAAGCAGGUUGUCCCCAAGGCAACCUCCAACAGCAACCCCACCCCUAGCGAUGCCAAUUCACUUCCUCUACCUCUUCCACCUCCUCUCUCUGCUCCCCCUAGUGCCUCUCUCAGUCCCAGGUCCAAGCUCACCCCAGCCCAGCCAGCCUCCUCUCCCCAGAACCACUCCAAGUUUACCUGGGUGAAGAGCCAUCAGCCAGGAGGAGUCAGGCCCAGCCAGGCCAGAAUAGAGUCCCGGCCCCCAGAAAAUCUAAUCACAUCUGUCACCACCACAGUCUCCCAUUCUGGGGUCCCUAGCAGUUUCUCAUCCAGCCCCAGUUCCAGUAGGAAAGCCUUUGCCCCCAGAAAAAAGGUUCCCCGUAGGCUCAGUUUAUCCACUGCAGUCCCUAAGACCUCCAAGUACACCUGGGUGUCCUCUGCUGCAGGGGUCCAGGCUAGGCUGUCCCGGAAGCCUCUCUCACCCAAAGACCUGGCCCUGGCUCUGGCUCUGCCCCAGAGAGCUGCAGAGGGGUUCGUUGCCAAGAAACCAAAAUCCCCAAAUACUUUAGCCAAGCAGCGUAAGGCAGCAGCGGCCUCCUGCUCCACUACCCUCAGUAGUCGCUACUGCUGGAAGGCAGGUUCUGGGGGAGGGGGGCAGACUGGCUCCGGGACAGGGUCCAGAGUUGGGUCUCUGUUCCGCUGGACCUCAGAGAAAGAGAAUGGGGCCAAGGGGGGGUCUAGUGUCCCUCCAUCUGUAACUCAACGCACCGCCUCCUCUUCCCCUGGGGGGUUCAAACUCAGGAGCAGGAUGAAGAUCAUCAGGAGGUCAGUUAGCAGUGGGUCUGGGGCAGAACGGAGAUCCAGCCCAGCAGCCAUGACCCUGAUCAGCCGCUACUCUCUGCGCCUUAGGACACACACUCCGGUCCGGACACAAACUGCAGUGAGGACACGCACCCUUAUCCAGAGCCCGGGGGGUGUGAAGAGGACCCCGUCCCUUGAACUGGUCUCAUUUGGCAGACACAAGCUACGACGUCUCUCCCCCAACCCCUCCAGGACAGGUCCCGCCUCUCUGUCGAUGCAUAGCCAAUUGUCUCAGCGGGUUUUCAGGACACGCUAUAAGAUAGUGACGCGCCUGGGCGGAGCCACCUCGCACACACCCCACUAUAGCCACGCCCUCUCCUGGAGAGCCAAGAGGAUCCAUACGGCCAGGAGUGUGCUCCAGAGUCGUCUGCGUCCCCCCGGACAGGACAGGCACCCCCCGGCCCAACACUGGACAGGCAGAGGGCUGGGCAUGCGCUGGAUUGGCGGAAACCUUUACAGCGUCUCAGCCAAUAAGCUGUCCCGCACUGUGACAACCAGUGCGCCAAUCAACAGGACAGUGCGGUUGUCCAGUCCACAGGAAGUCUCCCACACCACCUCUAGCACUCUCAUCCGGCCCUCCAGCACUCGUUUUGUGGCUAGUCGUGCGGUUCAGAGGAGUCUAGCCAUCAUCAGGCAUGCUCGUCAGAAGAAGUCCCAGAAGCAGUACUGUAUGUACUACAACCGCUUUGGCAAGUGUAACCGUGGCAACACCUGCCCCUACAUCCACGAUCCUGAUAAGGUGGCUGUCUGUACCAGGUUCCUGAGGGGUACGUGUAAGCAGACAGGUGGGACCUGUCCAUUCUCCCAUAAGGUGGCCAAGGAGAAGAUGCCUGUGUGUUCGUACUUCCUGAAGGGUAUAUGUAACAACAGUAGCUGUCCCUACAGCCAUGUCUAUGUGUCCCGCAAGGCUGCUUUGUGCCAGGACUUCAUCAGGGGAUACUGCCCUCAGGGAGAGAAGUGUAAGAAGAAGCACACCCUGGUGUGUCCAGACUUCUCCAGUAGCGGCUCCUGUCCUCGAGGGGCCCAGUGUAAGCUCCAGCACCGUCAGAGGGCCAAACGCACCGCUCCUAACCCCAACCCCACCACAGGCCCCUCCGCUGCCCCGGCCAAGAAGGCCCGCACCAAGAGGCCUAGCCUGUCAGUGGUCCUACCUGAUAACCAGACGGCAGAGGGUUCUGCUCAGGCAGAUCCAGGGGCACCCUCGUCUUCUUCCUCGGGUCCUCACAAGACCAAGCUCCCGUCGUUCAUCUCCCUCUCUAGCUCCCCCGAAGACACAGACGCCCCGGACACGCCCCCUGCCGACGGGGCAGAGGUCACAGAGAGAAUACUGCAGAUCAAGCCUCGACUCUAGAACUACAGGAACUAGAAUGGAUACUGCCUGAACACCAAAUGAGCUGUGAAAAUACUACAGAGACGUAUGUAUUGAAUGCUUAUGGAAGCUCUGACGUUUCUCAGACCCAUAACUGUAUCUGCUCUCAACCAUACUCAGGGUCUUUAAUGUAGCUAAAAGUUUGCUUUAUGGACUCAUACAUUUCAUACAGCAAUGAUGUUUGUAAUGCAGAUUGAAUUGAUAUUUGUUUUUUUGUAAAUUGUAGCUUGAUGAAUUUCGAAUAAAAUGUAUGUUAUUACUACUGUA